AUUGCUAAUUUGGGGGUCAUGCUGGGUGUAUAUUUACCGACUAUCCAGCACAUUCUCGGUGUAACUAUGUUUAUUCGACUUGCAUGGGUCGUUGGCAUUGCAGGCAUUAUUGAUACAAUGAUUUUGUUGUUUCUUUGCUGUUUGUGUACAUUGUUGACAAGUAUUUCGCUUUCUGCAGUCGCAACAAAUGGUAUAGUUGAAGGUGGCGGAGUUUAUUUUAUGAUUUCAAGAAAUUUGGGAGCAGAAUUUGGAAGUGCUGUGGGUAUUUUGUUUUAUUUAGCAAAUACGGUAGCUGCCUCCAUGUAUUUGGUUGGUGGAGUUGAAGUAAUGUUGCUUUACAUCUUUCCAUCGUUAACUAUUGGUGGCAAUGAAGUACACAGCGAUACUGGUUUAUGGGGAAUGAUGUCUCAUAAUUAUCGUAUUUACGGUUCAGCAUUUCUUUUACUUGAAGUAAUGAUAGUCGCUAUGGGUGUUCGUUUCGUGCAACUUCUCGCACCAGUGCGUUUUUCAUUACACCUUUUUACUAGUUCUGUAAUUGAAUCUUACAGUAUAUCAGAUGAUUUCUGCAAUCGUACAACAGCGUCCUUUUGUACUCAUUUUACUGCAUCUAUGUUAAAAUGCACAAAUGCUUUUCCGGGAAUCAAUGCAGAAAAUUUUUACAAUAAUUUGAAACGAAUGUACAUGGAAGCAGGAGAAUCGUAUCCAGGAGUAGCGGCUGAUGAUGCCGGAUUAGAAGUUUCUCAAGAUUUUCGAACAAGUUUCUUUAUUUUACUGGCCAUCUACUUCCCAGCUGUUACUGGUAUAAUGACUGGAACAAAUAUGAGUGGUGAUCUUAAAGAUCCCCAACGAUCAAUUCCAUAUGGAACCAUCGCAGCAACCCUAACUACCUCAACUAUUUAUUAUGCACUAGCAUUACUCUUUGGUGCUUCCAUUACAGGACCAGUUUUGCGUGACAAAUUCGGACGAAGUCUUGACAGUUCUAUGAUUGUCGCAUUAUUAUCUUGGCCUUCUCCAUGGGUUGUUAUUAUUGGUUCAUUCUUAUCUACUUUUGGUGCGGCACUGCAAUGUUUGUGCAGUGCUCCACGUUUAUUGCAGUCAAUUGCUAAAGAUGAUGUUAUUCCACUUUUAGCACCAUUUGCUAAAGUUACUAAAAGUAAUGAACCAUUCCUUGGUCUAUUGAUCACAGCAUUCAUAGCAGAAUUUGCUAUUCUACUCGGUGCUGUUGAUAAAAUAGCCGAAGUGUUGGAUUUUUUUUUUUUGAUGUCGUUAUCAUUAACAGGUGCAGGCCUAUGUUUUUUUAUAAUGUUUGCAUCUCGCUGGCAGUAUGCAAUACUUUCAAUCAUUCAAACAUUUAUUAUUUACAAAUAUGUUGAAUGGAAAGGAACUAAAAAAGAGUGGGGAGAUGGAAUAAGAGGUUUGGCUCUAUCGACCGCACAGUACAGCUUACUAAAAGUUGAAGAUAAAGAUCCACACCCUAAAAAUUGGCGUCCUCAGUUGCUUGUUCUUAUGUAUGGAGCGUGGUCGAAAGAUAUUAUUGAUAUGCGAUAUGUAAACUUAAUCAAUUUGGCUGGUCAGUUAAAAGCAGGACGAGGCUUAGCUAUUGUAGUGGCACUCAUUAAAGGCUCAGUUUCAAAUCGCUUUUAUUUUCAGGUGAAAGAGCGAAUUCAGCGUGAUAUGCUACAGGUUCAUCUACGUGGUUUUGGCAAAACCAUUAAUUUUGCAUGUAAAUUCCAGAUUGAUGGCUGUAUUACAACACUUUUUCAAAGUAUCGGUAUUGGUGGUCUAAAACCCAAUACUGUUUUGAUAAAUUGGCCCGAAAGACCAGAAGAAAAUGAAAUUUUUGCAGUAGAGCUAAUUGAAGCUGUUGCUAAUGAUGAAUGUAUUAUGUUAACAAAAGGUAUAACAGCAUUUCCAUUAUCGUCAAACGAUCGACUUACCGGUUGCAUUGAUAUCUGGUGGAUUUCACACGAUGGUGGACUUCUAAUGUUGGUCGCAUUCCUUCUAAAACAGCAUAAAGUAUGGCGAGGCUGUGAAUUAAGAAUAUUUGCAACACCAGAAAUACCUGAGAAAAGUACUGAUUUGAAAGAAAUGCUGCAAAAAUAUAUUUAUAUGUUACGCAUAGAUGCAGCAGUUUAUGUAAGUCUUGCUUGGAGCCAUUUUCAGGAGAGCAUCCAUCUGAAUACCAUUAAGCGUUUUAAUGAUGUAAUCGUAGAAAAUUCAUAUCAGUCACAAUUAGUUCUUCUAAACCUUCCGCGUCCAUCGACAGAAAAAAAUACAAUAAUCUCUCACUACAUAAAUUAUGUUAAUGCACUAACGCAUAAUCUUCAACGAAUUCUGUUCAUUGGUGGUAGUGGCAAGGAAGUAGUCACAGCGCAUUCAUAA